CUUCAGAUUGAUGGCGCAGCAGGACGAAUGUUUUGCUAGCUCGGGGAUAUAUUAUUAUUAUUGUAAUGUUACGCUUAAGAAACUUUAAUUUCAUAACAGAAAUUUCAGUUACAGUUUUUGAGUUUGCUGCUGAGACGGCACCGUUUUGUUGGAGAUAAACGGGUUUAGCUUUGUCUCGCUUUAGCGAGGAUUAGCUCGGAGAUUAGCCUGUUUGUUUGUAAGCGCAGUAUAGUGUCGAGCUAGUUUCAACUUGUAAUUGGUGCUCGGAGAGGACGGUUUAUCGGAGACAAAAUGUCUAAAGGUCGAAAACGCGCUAAAGCCAAAGCAAAAGCGGCAGCAAAAGCAGCUGCGAUGGGGAUGGGUCCGGGACCAAGGCCUCUGCUUUCCGGUGCAUUUGGUGGUGGUGGUGGUGGUCCGCCACAUCCAAUGGCUUUCCGUGGACCAAGGAUGCCUGGAGAUCACUUUCCUAUGGGCCCGCCUGACUUUGGACCACCCAUGAUGGGGGAUGGGCCCUUUAUAGAUGAGCCCCCAGAGUUUAUCAUGCGAGACCGGUUUAUGCAUCGACCAGGGUUUCACCCGCAAGACUUUGAGAUGCACCCACGCUUCCUCCAUCCAGAUUUGGAGGACGGACCACGAGGCUUUCACCCAGAACCAUAUGAAGGUCGACCUGGUUUUCACCCAAGGGAGUUCGAAGGCGGACCACCAGGCUUCGUCCCACCUGAGCUCCGGGAUAGACCACCAGGCUUCGUCCCACCUGAGUUCCGGGAUGUCCCACCUGAAUUUCGGGAUCGGCCACCAGGCUUUGUCCCACCUGAAUUUCGGGAUGGACCACCAGGCUUUGUCCCACCUGAAUUUCGGGAUGGACCACCAGGCUUUGUCCCACCUGAAUUUCGGGAUGGACCACCUGAGUUUCGGGAUGGACCACGAGGGUGUGCCUCAGUGGCAGAAAUCCAGCGGUCGCAGUUUGAGAAUGGACCAGGUUGUCCAGUGAUGAACCCUGGAAGUGGCCCAUUAAAGGCAUAUAAUGUAAAUGAUGUGGAUUAUAUACGACCAGUGGAUGCCCAUGUCUGUGGUGCCCUGCUGGUUCCCCGCCCACUCCCAGGAGCUAAUAAAGCAAAUCAACAAUCCAGUGGUCCUGGCAAAAAUGAAAAUAGUAAAACUUCCAGCACUACCAAGAAAGAAAUAUCUGUCGUUAAGAGCCUGUUUGGAUCAGUCAUACCUCCACCUGGACGAUCUCUGGGAGUCCUCACGUUUAUUGCUAACAACUACGGGAUCGUUGAACGUGAGGAUCUGAAAAAAUAUUCUUUCUCAUUUGAUGCUUUUUUUGGAAACCGAAACCAUUUGGUACCUGGGGUUAAAGUGCAUUUCACAGCAGUCAAAGAACUGGGAAAAGAAUGCGCUACUGAUGUGAAGAUCGCACCAGGAGGAACAGAGGAGAUUGAACCCACGGUCUAUGAAGGUGUGGUCGUAACAGUACUGCCUGACACUUAUGUGUUGGAUCCUCAUCCGGGCUGCAUCAGAACCAUUCUCACGACUGAAACUGUAAAACUGCCCUUUGGAAGGAUGGACUCGAAAGCCACCCUUCUACUGUAUGACCGAGUGAAAUUUCAGCUGCUCACAGAUAUUAUUACAAACGUUCGCAGAGCAACAAAUAUUACACCACAAAUGCCAGAAACAUUUCAGCUCACAAAGGAAGUCAGGGAAAAGGGUGUUAUAAUGAAGAUCAAGGAUAAUGUCUUUACGAUCAUGUCAAAGAAACAUGAAAACAUCUCUGCCUCUGUCAGUGAGUAUCUGUCAGACGAUCAGCUAAAAGUCAUGGAUGAGGUGGAGUUCACAGCUCAAACUAUAAAAGACAAAUUGGUCGCUAUCAGAUUGAAGAAGCUUCCUGAGGGGUCGGUGGAGUUCGAUUCAGAAGCAGAAAAGACUUCUCAGGGAUCAGCUAUUGGUGAAGACAUAAGCAGUGAGAAAUAUGAAGGAACAGUUUCCCGAAUCAUCCCCAAAUGUGCUAAAGAGGUGGGGAAAAAGCUGCCACAGGGCCUUGUGGACGCCACUGUGGAUGAUGUACGGAAAAGCUUACCAUUUGGUUCAGGUGAUGUGAUCACACAGGCUACCAUGAUGGUCGGUGACAAGGUCCAGUUCAACAUUGCCACCAAACGGCAGACCAAGAAGGAGCGUGCAGUCAACAUUGAGAUUCAGCCAGAAACCUUUCAACAAGAAUCCAAAGAGCAACGCAAGAUAGGGAUUGUCACAACCUUGAAUACUAAUUCUGGGUUCAUCAGGGCUCCACAGGACCCACAGCUGUUUUUUGACCUGUCUGAGGUCAUGGAUGAUGCCAAGCUCAGUUUGUCAGAGAAAGUUGAGUUUACACUAGCAGUGGGGACUGAAGGAGCUGCAAAAUGUAAACGAGCUAUUAGAAUUAGAAGGCUGACGGAGAGUGUCUUCACAUCUGUACCAAAAAUAGAAGAAAAGAAAGAGAAGAAGAAAAUGACCAUCAAAUUGCUGAAAGACCCGAAAAAGCUCAUGAAGAACCAGGUCAAAACGGAGGACAAAAAUUAUGAUUUAUUGGCUGCAGUGAAGCCAGGCAGGGAAAAGGAGACGGCCUCAAAAGCUCCAAAGCAAGAUAAAGGCAAACAGGAAAACCUUAGAAAGAGUAGUAGAGAGCGUAGCAGAAGCCAAGAAAGCAGCCGACGUAGAUGGAGCCGGAGCCGCAGCCGCAGCCGGGAUAGGAGUAGCAGUUACUAUCGCAGGCGCAGGAGCUCCAGUCGUGACCGGGGUUACCGAAGUCACAGACGGAGCCGUAGUCGCAGUAGAGAUCGUUCACACAGAUACAGGCGUAGUUAUAGCCGUAGCCGCAGUAGAAGCAGGGAAAGGAGUAGUCGGAGUGGCAGAAGGAGAAGUCACAGCCCAGAAUACAUGGAUGAGCGUUGCAGAGGACAGAGCAGCAGCAAUAGACGAAGCAGAAGCCCUAAUGGCCAAAAUGAUGCACUAAAAUAUGCAGCAAACUCCUUCAAUUUUAUGAACUUGGCGUCUGCUGAGGCUGUAAAUAAUGAGUUGGCACGAAAGAGGAAGGAGUUAUUGGAGCUCAACGAGUUAAUAGCACGCACAAAAGCAAUAAUUGCAAUGGAACAAAACAGCAAAACACCAAGUCAGUUUAAAGAUGCACGUGAAAUGGAUAAACAAGAUGGGAUUGCUACAUAUGAUUAUCAGCACAAAACCUGUUCAGAGACCUCGUGGACCCCUGACAUGAAGCCAGCUAGAUCCAUUUUAAAGAAGCACUCUGAAUCUCUCACCAGUCCCCAACAUCAGAAAACUGACAAAAGUGAGGGUCCAGAAGAACCAGCGGGAUGCCCCAAAACCAACACUUCCAGCAUAUACGCAUCUGCUGCCUCAGUCCCUGUAUGGAUGAAACAAAGUUCUACACUUGAGAUUGAAGAUCAGGAAUUGGCAAGGAAAAAGAGACAGUUAGAAGAACUAAGUGAAUGUAUUGCACGUAAAAGAGCAAUUAUGGCCAUGGAACACAAGACUAAAACCUUUGGCAAUGAGUCUGAAAUCAAAAAGAAAUAUGAUUUUGCUUCAUGCUCAGAUGACCUGGACAUAACGGUGACAAACAAGAACCCCUGGCAGCUCGACCUCAAACCUGAUCUUCAGCCGAAGAAGUCCAUUCUGAAGAACCGCUCAGAAUCUGUUACUGACCAGCCACAGAAGGAUUUGACUUCAGCUGGCCAAUAUGUUCAUUUUCCAGUGUCUAAACAACCUAAAGGUCGCUCGGCUUUCCUCAGUCCUUCUGGGCCUUCAGAUACUGCAUUUAAAAAACCCUGCAAUCCACCAUCAGUCCUCUCUAAUACCGUUGAUCUGUUCAAGAAGCUGAUAAAUGAAGCCUCUACCAGUUCAUGUACUGUCAGUAACAAGCCAACAGGUCAAAUGUCAUUUCAGCCUGGAUUAUUGUAUGACCAAAAAAGUACCAGAGAGACCAAAGACAAAAGUUACUCUACAUCGCCUUCCCAAAUAUCCCAGUUUUCUCACCAGGAUAGUGACCAGGCAUCCACAAGUGAAGGCUCUCCAAACCAGUCUUCAGCUUCAAAGCAAAAGAGUAACCUUGCAACACAAAUGGAAAGGUUUCUUGGUGCUUUAAAUAAAGCCGAUUCGAAUUUAUUGUCCUCAUUGAUGAGAGAUGCUAGAAAAGAUUCUGGUUCACUGGAGAAUCGGAGGAUCCCACAAGAGCAAGCAGAUAGAAAAGCAUCUUGUGGUGAUGAAUUGUAUGAUCCCUUCAAAGAAACAGACUGCAGUGAAGACAACUAUCCCUUAAUGGGGAGCAAACAGAAUUUGAAUCCUAUGUUGGGACGAAUUGAGAACACCCAAGAUGAUUUAUUACCACAUGAAAGAGCUGUGGUAGAUGGCAGUGGCUUUUCCAAAAUUGUCGGAAUGAAAUAUGGCUUUGAAGGGAAACCUGAGAAUCGGUUCCUUUAUGGAGAGGAAAUGGCUUCGAGUAGUCGAAGCAAACUUUUAGAAGAGCAUGAGAAAUUUUUGAAAGAGUGUGAUGAAUUUAAACGGUCGCAAGGUCGUUCCAGUGAUGAGCCGUAUGCAGAGGACAGAGAGAGGUACAAAAAACAAAAACCAUCUGAAAGUUACAGAGUAGUAGGCAGCCUUAGCCCAGUGCAUCAGAAAUCGGAGAAUGCUAAUCAAGAUGAGGACCAAAAAGCAAACCAGUAUAAAAAACUUCAGGAUCUACUGCAAACCAUUGGUCUUAAUUUAGACACAACAGAAGUUAGCAAGCUAUCUGAUAGGACAAAGGAACGCCUGUAUGGCAAGAAAGUCAAACCCCAGAGUUCUCACUCUUUGGAUCCAAAAGAUGAACAGUCAGGAAGUAGGUAUGUUAGGAGUCAUUCCACUGAUUCUGAGGGUGUCGGUUCUGUAUCCCCUGCUAAAACCUCUAAUCGUGAGGUUUACAUGAGCUACUUGGAUUCCAUUAAGUAUCGCCAAGAUGAAGUCGCAGUCAAGGAGCUGGACCUUCUAGGCCUUAAAAGGACUAUUAGGAACAGUCCUGAAGCAAAACAGACACCGGUCCAUACAUCGGACCCAUACGAAACUGCACCAUCGGCAGAAGUCACACGUGACUCCUCCAAAACAAGAGCAGAAACCUCGUUCUCUUUCACUCAGUCUGUUGGUUUGCAGUAUCCUCGGAUGUCCAGUGAAUACUCCUCAGCUGUACACCACCUUAAAAACGAGCAAGGUUCCUGGGAGUCUAGUUAUACUACAGGUGGAGAACAAAAUCCCUGUGGGUCAAUUGCUCUAAAUCCUCUGCAUUAUGGUCCUGGUUAUCCAAACCCACUCUCUCAUGUCCCAUCUGGCUAUGAGGAUUAUACAGCAUCUUCCAGGCCUUCUUCCAUAAUGCCACAGAGUCCUGGUCAGUUCUAUCCAGUUCUAUCUACUUUUAGCACACCAGGAUCUUUUGAUCCACCCACUUCAGGUCAGUUUGGCUUUGCCAUGCAACCUGACAGCUCUGGUUAUGCCACCCAGCAGGCUAAGGGAAAGCUCACUGCACAAAACCGGUGUCUCAAAACAAUAAAAACUCAGUCUGUUCGUGUAAAACUUUCUGCAGCAAAAGAAGUGCAUACUGUCGUUAGCAUACAUAGAGAAAAAGAGUUUGAAGGCAAAAUUGACUCCCUAAUGACCCCCAUGAUGGAAGAUGACAUCAAAGCUAAACAAAAAAAAAGGCUGGAGCAGUUUAAUCAGAGAAUGAGACUGAAGAAGGAACAGCAAAUGGAAGCCCAGCGAACACGAGGACAAAGCCAGAAAUCAGAACCAGGAAGAGUUAUGCGAGCAGAAGUAAAGAAUGUGUGGAUAUGUGGCCACUCCCUUGUGUUCUGGGCUGAGAAGAGGGCCACAUCUCCUGAAGUAGGUAUGCAGCUUGGUAUGGACCCCAAUAGUGUACGCAUAUGGUGGAAGGGUGUGCAGGGCAUGACAUGGCAACAGCUUCUGCCCCAGCUGCUCCAACUAAAGGACAACUGGCCCAAACCUGACGUGAUUCUUAUCCAUCUGGGCGGAAAUGAUAUUGGCAAGAUGACCCCAGAGAACUUUGUGUUAUCAGUGAAGAAAGACCUGAUUUCACUGAAGAGCAUUUUUCCUCAGUGCCACCUAGUUUGGUCAGACAUCCUGCCCCGCAAGUCCUGGAGGCACUCAAGUGACAGCACAGAAGUGAACAACAUGCGACAGGCGAUCAACAAAACAAUACGUGGUAUCAUAGCGGAGCUUGGCGGUUCUUCAUUGACUCAUGACAACAUAAUGCCUAGACUGGACUCUGGCCUCUACAGACCAGAUGGGGUUCACCUCUCUGGUAAAGGGAUCGAUACUUUUAAUUUGAACAUGCAAGACUUCCUUGAGAAGUGGGAAAGUGAGAUAAGUGAGAUGGAGACUUCUGAAAGCUAAAGUUAUUUUUCAGGCUAUUAACAGUUAAAUACGGUGUUGCUUUCAGCAUCUCUCUUGUACUGUGAAACUCGACUGGGAAUUCAUUCUUGUAUCUCUUUUAAUGUUAAGGUUGAAUACCAACCUUUUGCUUAUCAUUUAAAUGCAACUGCAUGUUUUAUGAAAUGAGUUUAAAAACUAUUUGCUAAGAAUUGUUUAUUAAUACAGAUGCUCAUUUCUGUAAUAUGUAGAUUUAGUUUUUUAUUGAUUUUUGAACAAUGUGAAAGGGGGGGGAAAUAAAAGACUACUUCACUCAUGAUGUCUGUAAGUGUACUUAGUUUCUUUUUCUGUCUGUCUCUCUUUUUCUUUCUCUUUCUUUCUUAAUCAAGUUUUUCGUUGUACACAUCUUGAAAAACGUAUCUUCCUGACAAUGUAUUUCUGUACAUCUGUUAAAAAUAUGUGAUUUGUGCUAUGCCUUCUAUAGUGGACAUUAUAAUAAAAUGCUAUAAUGGCCAUAAA